ACAGAAGUUCAUGCUUUUGAACUUACAGCUCUCUGGCAUUAGUAGUGGAAGUGAAGAGUGGUGUCCAGAGGACAGAAACUUCAAGCAAUGGCAGAAGUAGAUAUGAGGCCCGUGGACGGUGUGCAGUGUCCAACAUUUGAAAAGGUUAAGCGUUGUCUGCAGCCCUUCUGCCUAUCGAAGAAGCAGCUGGAGCAUGUGAGGGACUUGAUUUUGGAUGAUAUGGAACGUGGGCUGAAGAAAGACCCCCCGAAAAAGUCAACACUUAAAAUGUUACCCACUUAUGUGCGCUCAACCCCUGAUGGCUCCGAAAGUGGGGAAUUCUUGGUGCUGGACCUAGGAGGAGGCAAGUUUCGAAUUCUGAAAGUUAAGUUGGAGAGCCGUCACAGAGCAGAGAUGGAUAGUGAAAUAUAUGCCAUUCCCGAAGAAAUAAUGGUUGGGACAGGACAACAGCUUUUUGACCAUGUUGCUGAGUGUCUUGGCCAUUUCCUUCAUCAACGAGACCUCAAGAAAACGGUCUUGCCCUUGGGCUUCACUUUCUCUUUUCCAUGUGUGCAAAGUAAGUUGGACAAGAGUGUUUUGAUCUCAUGGACCAAAGGAUUCCAGUGCUCAGGAGUAGAAGGAAAGGAUGUGGUACAGCUGCUGAAAGAUGCCAUUCAUAGGCGAGGGGAUUAUAAAGUUGAUGUUGUUGCCAUAGUUAAUGACACCGUUGGGACUAUGAUGAGCUGUGGGUACCAAGACCACAGUUGUGAAGUUGGCCUUAUUGUAGGAACUGGAAGCAAUGUGUGUUACAUGGAAGAAAUGGGGAACAUAGAGUCUGUAGAGGGGGAUGAAGGUAAAAUGUGCAUUAAUGUUGAGUGGGGCGCACUUGGAGAUGAUGGCGAGUUAAGCGACAUUCAGACAGAAUUUGAUCAUCAAGUGGAUAUUACUUCAAUAACACAUGGAAAACAAUGUUUUGAUAAAAUGGUCAGCGGUAUGUACAUGGGUGAAAUUGUACGGAUGGUGCUUAUUAAGUUGGCCAGUCAAGGACUACUGUUUAAUGGUGUGACAUCUCCAGCACUUCUCACCAAGCGAUGUUUCCAGACUCGAGAUCUAUCUGCAAUAGAGGAUGAUCACACUGGUUUGGAUGCAGCUCGAAAAAUACUCUCUCUCCUAGGGCUGGAGCCAAGUGAGCAGGAUUGUUUGAAGGUGCAGUGUGUCUGCGGUGCUGUAUCUGCGAGAUCUGCCAGCCUUUGUGCGGCUGGACUGGCCGCAGUCGCGACCCGUAUACUUCAAAACCGCCAAGACCCAAAGGGUAGUGUUGUAGUUGGUGUGGAUGGUUCCGUAUACAAGAUGCAUCCAAAAUUUAGUGCACACCUUCAGCUGGCUUUGAAGGAUCUGGCUCCAGGUUGUCAAGUUAAAUUUCUGCUCUCAGAGGAUGGAAGUGGGAAGGGUACUGCCGUAGUGACUGCCGUAGCUCAAAGACUUGCCACACAGCGACUUCGGAUUAAUGAAGUCCUGGCACCAUUUAAUCUCUCCCUUGAGAAGUUAAAAGAAAUACAGGGCCGUAUGAGGACGGAAAUGGACAUUGGUCUCCGGAAGCAGACACAGCCCACUGCUUCUGUAAAAAUGCUCCCCACUUAUGUAAGAGCUACUCCGAAUGGAACAGAACGUGGAGACUUCAUAGCAUUAGAUUUAGGAGGAACCAACUUCCGGGUUUUGUUUGUCCAUGUUGGGAAGAAAGAAGAAGGUGGUGUGCAGAUCGUGAGCAAAUCUUUCGCUUUGUCCCAGGAAGUAAUACAAGGAACCGGAGUGGAGCUCUUCGACCACAUAGUUGAUUGCAUCACAGAGUUUCAAGAAGAAAAUGAUCUCCGAGGAAGGAGGCUACCCUUGGGCUUCACUUUCUCAUUUCCCUGUAGACAGACGAGCCUUGACCAGGGUAUUCUGAUUACAUGGACAAAGGGAUUCAGUGCAUCUGGCUGUGUAGGGGAGGAUGUUGUUAGGCUUCUACGGGAAGCUGCCGUUCGAAAAGGGAACUCUGACUUAAUGGUGGUUGCUCUGGUAAAUGACACUGUGGGGACAAUGAUGUCCUGUGGAUAUGAUGAUCCAGCUUGUGAGAUUGGACUUAUUGUAGGUACAGGGACAAAUGCCUGUUACAUGGAGGAAAUGAAGAACGUUGAAGUCCUGGAAGGAAGUGAUGGACUUAUGUGUGUCAAUAUGGAGUGGGGAGCCUUUGGUGACAAUGGUUGCCUGGAAAACAUAAUUUCAGACUUUGACCGUGAUGUAGAUCAGUUCUCAAUCAACCCAGGGAAACAAAAAUAUGAGAAGAUGAUUAGUGGAAUGUACCUUGGAGAAAUCGUUCGCCAGAUUCUCAUUGUCCUCACUAAAUCUGGAAUCUUGUUUGGAGGCCAAAUCUCAGACAGUUUAAAAAAAAGAGAUAUCUUUCCCACCAAGUUUCUCUCCCUCAUUGAGAGUGAUACACUGGGCCUGGUGCAGGUUAGGUCAAUCUUGACUGACCUUGGUUUGCGUAGUACAUGUGAUGACACAGUACUGGUUAAGGAGGUGUGUACCAUUGUGUCAAAGAGAGCUGCUCAAAUGUGCGCUGCUGGAAUUGCUGCUGUUGUUGAGAAGAUUCGAGAAAAUCGUGGGCUAGACAACCUAAAAACCACUGUUGGAGUGGAUGGAACCUUAUAUAAACUUCAUCCUCAUUUUGCAGUCAAUGUUCAAGAGACUGUGAAGAUCCUGGCUCCCCAGUGCGAUGUCACCUUCUUGCGCUCUGAUGAUGGCUCUGGCAAAGGGGCAGCACUGAUCACUGCCGUGGCCUGUCGUAUUGCUGGUGCAGAGGCUAGAGCGGCUUAAACGAAAAUUUCCUCAACGGAGUUUGAUGCUUAUAUUCUGCAUUUACAAUGUAUACAAGUUUUAGGAAAACCUUUGGUACGUUAUGAUGGUAUUUAUGAUUAACGUUAUAAAAAUAAAAUAAAAUAUUUUUGCAUAAACUUU